GGAAACACACGACCGGAGCAAGAGAAACAGCGACACCACAUUUUCAGACAGAGCUGUCUACAUGUGUUAACUGGGAUUUCUUUUAAAGAGCGGCAGUGAUUUUCAUUUAAUUUUUAACUUUAAUCCGUUUUAAUCCUUCAGACCUUGACUGGGGGACAUAAACCAGUAGAUUAGUUGAACCAUGAUCCGAUCAGAGGAGUCAUUACUGCUGAGGGUCCGAAACUGAAAACUCUGGAUGUUUUAAACUUCGUUUGUUACAGUAAGUUAAAUGAACACAAAGACAUUCAUACAAAAGAACUUCAUAUAUAUAUUUUUAAACUCUUUUUAUGUUUAGUUUCGCAUUAAGUUUGGAUAAUCAGGAUGAAACUGCUGUAAUGUGUCGCAGCUCUUCAAAGCUAACGUUAUUUAAUCUGUCUGUUUUAUGUUCAUGAUGUUUUCUUCAUUAUAAGGUGAACAUGGGGAAGAAAAGAGGAAAGGACAGGACCUCUAGAGAGGAGGAAGACAUCGACCUGACAGGUUAAAAAAAACAACAUCACCAUCUCACCAUAUGCGACCUUCUGGAGGGCCUGAAGUGAUUUUCCUGACGUGGUUUUCUUCUGUUUAAGGUCCAUCCUGCAGACAUAUCAAGAAGGGAACUGACCAAACUCUACUCAAGAAACUCUCAGGGAAUUCAGACUGGACCAACUGCCAGGAUUGUAAGCAUGAAGAAAAUCCAGAAAACACCCUACAGCAAGAGACAGAGGAGGAAACUGAAAGAGCACCUGUGUGGAUGUGCUUGAAAUGUGGCCACAGAGUGAGUCAAUGGAACUGUUAUCUCAUUUAGAUAAUAUUAGGGCUGGGUUUGAUUGACUUUUUUUUCUUUAGCUAAAUGAGCAGAUGUCUUCUUCUCCUUUAGGGAUGUGGGCGACACUCUGAGAACAAACACGCCAUCAAACAUUAUGAGACUCCUCGGUCGGAUCCACAUUGCCUGGUGAUCAGUUUGGACAACUGGAGCGUCUGGUUAGUGAGCUAUUACGGUUUUUAAUCACUGGAGCAUGUGCUGUUUGUGAUGAGAAUCACGCUUCUCAUGUGUCGCCAAACUUGCAGGUGUUAUAUAUGUGACGAUGAAGUCCAGUACUCCAGGACUGGACACUUGGCUCAGCUGGUGACCAACCUAAAAAAGCAAGCCUCUGCAGAGCCGACUAAGAGACCAGAAAAAAGUAGGUCCCAUGGUGGAGUGAAAUGACUUUACGCUCUUUUAUUUGUUCAUUUGCAUCACUGGGAUAACUGUUCUGUGUGCGUGUUUGCGUAGGAGCGAAGGAGGAAGACAGCGUGAUCGAAGAAGAGCAGCAGAUCGAGGCUGCAAAAACAGAUGAAAGCGAGGAGAAGGAAAACAAAGAGAACAAUGAGCGCCAAAAGAAAAAUGUCAAGAAAGAGAGCGCGAGAAAAUCACAAAAGCCUGUCACAUCUGAGGAAAGUGCUGGUGGUGUUUCGGUGAAGGGGUUGAGCAACCUCGGAAACACGUGUUUCUUCAAUGCAGUCAUACAGGUGAGAUCGUGCCGGAUAAGAUUCUUAGCUUGAAUUAAAAUGUGAGAAAUACUGAAAUUUUUAACUUGUGAAAUUCUCCCCCUAGAAUCUUUCUCAAACACAUCUCUUGAGACAAACUCUAAACAAAGUGACAGAAGAGAAAAUGAGUCUUGAUAUUAAACCAGUUACUUCCUCAGAGUUGGUAAGAUGCCGUUAUUUUUUUAUGUAUUUAAAUUUAGAGGUUCUAAAAUGAUCAUCCAAUCACUGAGCUCGUAAUUUGAGCUAUAAUUUAUCACAAUAUGAUGUAUUAUAUGACUGAUUAUGGUUGCAGGAACCGAUCACAGUGCAGUUAGACCAGCCGGGCUCCCUGACUUUGUCCAUGUGUCAACUACUCAACGAGAUCCAGGAAUCCAAGAAGGGUGUGGUAACGCCGCGAGAGUUGUUCACGCAAGUUUGUAAAAAGUAAGAGUAAGGAGAGGUCAAAGGCAACUCAAUGUUGAGAUGUCUCAUAAAGGAGAGCACCCAUCUAUCUUCUUGUGUCCUUCCUUUAGAGCUGCCAGAUUCAAAGGAUUUCAGCAGCAGGACAGUCAGGAGCUGCUGCGUUACCUGCUGGAUGGGAUGCGAGCUGAGGAAACCAAGGUAAGCAUUCAGAAUGAACAAAUCCUCUUUUAUUGCACAUCAGGGGGAAAAAAUACACUCUGAAUGGGAACUUUAGCUGUUUAUGUUGCAGCACUGAGUCAUUCAGACUCUUAAAUUUACCUACAAAUCAAAGACGGGUAAUAUUUGAGGUGAAAAGGCUCAUAUCUUUAAAAGCCUUUCCCCUCAAAUUUAAUAACCUCAGAGAUUUGGUUUUCCCAGAAUGGCGCCCACAUAUUGGAUAGGUUUCACAGAGUGUGGGUAUAAUAAGAGGGAAAUGAAGGGGUGCUGGUUUGGCUCAGUGGUUUAAUCUGGUGUCCUACAGGUCUUAAAGAGUAAGCUCUUUGUUAAACACUAUCAUCUCUUUCCUGCAGAGUCCUUUCUCAUUCAUCGUAAGCUGUUAAUGAUUUUACCUACUGUCCUGUACUCCCAGUAAAAAUAUAAUUAUCCAAAAAAUUAUUUUUAAAUAAGGGGAAGAGAUUGAGAGUUAAAGUUCUUAUUUUGUACAUUUUAAAACCACUUGUUCCUCGUGUUUUUUCUCCUCAUCAAUGUUUUUCUCUGUCUCUAAAGAGAGUGAGUUCAGGGAUCAUUGACGUGUUAAAAGAAUCCAGAAAAGGCACAGACCCGGAGCAGCUGAAAACUGUGGUUAAAGGUACGUAAUAAGAGUAUGAGUUCAACAGUGUGGUGAGUGUUCAAGUGUUUUGUACGUUUUCUAGUGUAUUAAUUUUGGCACAAACUGUUUUCAUUUCAGAGUACGAGAAAAACGGAUGUCCCAAAAACUUUGUCGACCACGUUUUUGGUGGGGAAACUACCAGCACUAUAAUGUGCCAGCAGUGUAAAACAGUACGUACUGUGAAUAGAAACACAAAAGAGUCUUGUGCGUCAAUAUCAAGUUAAUUGUCACCGCUUGAUUAUCUUUCAGGUGUCUGUUGUCACAGAGAUGUUCUUGGAUCUUUCCCUUCCUGUUUCAGAUGAGGUAAGUGUUUUGAUUUUUUCUGCAGUUGUUUAUAUUUUAUGUGUGUAACAAAUACAAACUCUUGUUACUACCUCCUACAGGCAUACAGAAAGAAGAACCAGAAAAAAGGUUCUCAGAAAUCCGCUGAACCCAGCCAGAAUGGCAGAGACAGCCCUGCUUUGACCAAUGGAAGUGAUGGUAUUCCCUCCGGGGCUGGCAGUAAGUACCAGCAGAAGAAAGCCAAGAAACAAGCAAAAAAGCAAGCCAAGGUAACAUAUGUGGUUUUUUUUAAUGAGCUUUUUUCCCCCCUCAACUGAAUCAUAAGAGAAAAACAUAUUUUUGAAAUGUCUGAAUUGUUUCUUUGUCUUGCCAACAGCAACAAAAGAGGCAGCAGAAGUUCGAGGGGAGGGUCAGUUUGGACAAUCUCGCAUCUAAGAGCAACACAGAGGGUGAAUCAACAGAUCCUGCUGCAGAUGCUGCAGAUGAGGCGAAUGCUGACGGUAAAAUGCACCAAGAGGAAAAUCCUGCACAAACUAAUGAGUCUGGAGAGAAGACUCAGAACAACCUGGACACUGUGGAGGAUGAAAAGGACGAAAAAGACGACAAUGAUUCAGUGACUGACUGCGACUCAUCGGUCAGUAAUCGUUUUACCGUCUUAUCAGAGGAGCAGCAAUCGAAGGACAGCAUCAUAGAUGUUGAUAAAACAUCCGACAUCGACCAGGAAGAAGAAGACGAUGAUGACACAGAGCUGGUGAGUGAAAUGGAGAAAGUGACCCUGGAUGAUGCUUUCAUAGAAGACUCAGAUGCUGUGGACCGGAGCAUGGAGAUUGAAGACGAGCCACUGGAGGUGAAAGAGUACACUGUGGUCAGUCAGGACCCAGAGCUGGCCUUCCAAACUCUGGCUGCCAGGACAGCCCCUGAGAAACAGGAGUGUUCGGUGCAGUCAUGCCUCUUUCAGUUUACAGAAGUGGAAACUCUCACACAGAACAACAGCCUGCUGUGUGUCACCUGCACUAAACGGCAGUCAAGCAAAGACAAAGGUGAAGGUAUGUGGAAUAAAUCUGUGUGGGAUCAUUUUGACCUCCGUUGAUCAUUCUGUUCAUAAACUAAACUGUCUUUACGAGUUUUAAAGGAUAAGUUCAGUAUUUUGCCUUCUUUCCCUUUUUGUUUAGGAUCCAAGAAAAAUAUUUACACUGAUGCCUUGAAGCAAAUGCUGAUCUCGUCUCCUCCCCCAGUGCUUACCCUUCAUCUGAAAAGAUUUCAACAGGUAAGACAGCUGAAGAAAAUGAGUGUAUGUUUGAUUCCUUUGAUCAAGUCGACUGUCAAAGAGGCUGCUGUUAUUCACAUCACUUUAAUGAGCAGCGUAGAUGGUUGUUUUCACAGACGUGUCUUUUGAUUUCUUUGAUAUUUUUCCUCCAGAAUGGAUACAGUAUUUGUAAAGUGAACAGACAUGUCCAAUUCCCCCUCAUACUGGAUUUAGCUCCGUUUUGUGGGGUUAAAAACAAGGUAUUGACAGGUUUUAUUAAAUAUCAUUACCAUCUUCAUAAUUAUAUCAAAGUUUCAAUAUAGUUUGAGCUCUAAAUUAACAGUUUUGUUCUUCCAAAUAGAUUGUGACAGAGGGAGACGGUCAGAUUUUGUACAGUUUGUACGGUAUUGUCGAACACAGCGGAACAAUGCGGUCGGGCCAUUACACUGCGUAUGUGAAAGUACGACCUGAAUGCACUAAUUCCCUAUCAAAUGGACAAACAGCACAAGGUAAGUGUUCUUAAAACCUAUCAACACAGUAAUAACCUCGUAUAAUGACUUUGUUGUUUUAUUGAAGUAUCGCUGUUGACACGUCUCUCAAUUUCAGGAGAAGGAGAGCCACAAAGAGGAUCCUGGUUCCAUAUCAGCGACACAAGUGUUCAGCCUGUGAGCGAGAGUAAAGUGCAGAGUAGCCAGGCCUACCUCCUCUUCUAUGAAAGAGUUAUGUAAUCCAUCUGUGCCUUACUACUCAGGAAAUGCAAACAGCCCAUCCUGCUGCUUCAGCUCUGCAGGAAAAGGGGUAAACAGUGUGAUCAACCUCAGCCUGAUUUGACACUCGGAAGUGUGAUGAAAUAUUUUGAUCAUGCAGAAGGGACCAUUCAGAGUGUUGUAAUAAUGACAGCAGUGUUUCAAGUUUAAACCAGGAUGUUUCUCAAAUGGAAAUAAAGCAAGAGGUGUUCUCAACUAAGACUGACAUUCAGUUUGCAGAUAAAAAAUAACUGGAUUACUCAAAAAGAAAAUUUCAAACUCUGGAUAAAAGUGUGGGGAGGGUGAUCUGAGGCUAAUCUGUAAAAAAAAAUAUGUAUACACAUGUAUUUUUAUCAAUGUAUAGUAAUUAAAUACUAAAAAAAGAGAAAACUU